CUCCCGGUCUCGCCAAUCUUUCCAGUCGAUAUUCGCUGAGCCUAGCUUCUCGUCCUCCCGCCCGCAACGGCCCGUCUCCGCGCGACACGCGUACAGCAGUGAACAGAAUGGCCGAAGAAGAGGAUUUCAGCGCCCUCCCCUUAACCGAUCGCUGGGUGCACAAGAACUGGAAAGUGCGAAAGCAAGCAUACGAAGAGGCCGCCGCCCUGUUCGAGAAGUCACCGGACGAGUAUGACCCCGUAUUCAGGCCGUUCAUACAAGAUUCGGGCCUGUGGAAAUCGGCGGCGGCGGACUCCAAUGUCGCUGCACAGCAAGAUGGCCUCAGCGCACUCUGUGCUUUCUUGAAAUUCGGCGGGCGCGAAGGAGCAGUGCGAGCGAGACAGCACGCCGUCACGCCCAUCACCGAAAAAGGCCUGUCCUCGACACGAGCUGCGACAAAAGCCUCGUCCAUCGAAGCCCUACUUCUCUUCAUCGAGCUCGACGUCGCCGCCCCUGUCAUCGAGGACAUCCUCCCCACCCUGUCUAAUAAACAGCCCAAACUCGUGGCCGCGUCGCUCGCAGCUCUGACACAAAUAUUCCACAACUAUGGCUGCAAGGUCGCCGAUCCCAAACCCGUGCUCAAGGUUUUGCCGAAGGUCUUUGGCCAUGCAGACAAAAACGUGCGAGCAGAGGCUACGAAUUUGGCCGUCGAGUUCUACAGGUGGUUGCGCGAGGCCAUGAAACCGAUGUUUUGGGGCGAUCUCAAGCCAACCCAGCAGGCGGACCUCGAGGCGCAGUUCGAGAAGGUCAAGGCAGAAGGUGUCCCAAAGCAAGAGCGCCUUCUGAGGUCGCAGCAAGCCGCAAAGGAGCGGGCUCCAGCUGCGGGCGCCGCCGAAGAAGAGUACGAUGAGGGCGGGGACGCCGAAGAACCCGCCGAGAUAGAUGCCUUCGAUCUAGCAGAACCACAGGAUGUCGCCAGCAAGAUCCCAAAGGACUUUUUCGACAACAUUGCCUCGACCAAGUGGAAAGAAAGGAAGGAAGCUCUCGAGGCCCUAUACGCCGUCGUCAACGUACCCCGGAUCAAGGACGGGGACUUCAACGAUGUCAACCGCGUCUUGGCCAAGUGCAUGAAAGAUGCGAACGUAGCAGUGGUCACGCAGGCAGCGCAGUGUAUCGAGCUGCUUGCCAAGGGUCUGCGGAAAUCUUACGCCAAGCACCGGCCCACCGUCAUGCAGCCGAUCAUGGAGAGACUCAAGGAGAAGAAACAAACAGUAGCUGAUGCUCUUGGCGCUGCUCUGGAUGCUGUGUUCACGACCACCAGUCUUACAGAAUGCCUCGAGGAUAUCACCACCUUUCUUGUCAACAAGAAUCCGGCGGUCAAGGAAGGCACCAUGAAGUUUCUCCUCAGGUGCUUGAGAACUACGCGAGACGUUCCUAGCAAGCCCGAAAUCGCCACGAUCGUCGAGUCGGCCAAGAAGUUGCUUUCGGAGUCGAGUGAAGUGCUCCGAUCUGGCGGUGCCGAGAUUCUGGGAACCAUCAUGAAGAUGAUUGGCGAGCGGGGAAUGGGUCCACACCUCGAAGGGUUGGACGACCUCCGAAAGGUCAAAAUCAAGGAAUUCUGCGAGACGGCUGAAGUACGGGCGAAGGAAAAGCCAAAACCGCCACCCGCGCCAGUCGCUCGAGCGCCGCCGCCCUCUCAACCGAAGAAAGUGGGCACGAAGAAAGCGCCAGCGGCCAAGAAGCCACCACCGCCUCCAUCGCAGUACGCGCAGCAGCCUCUUGCACCACAGCCCACGUCACGUGCUGCCCCGGAAGGCAAGAUCGGAAUGCCAAAGCCAACCGGCCUUGGGGGACUCAAAGCACCCCAAAAGCGGACGCUCCCAGGACUGGGUGCUGCCUCGCCGCGGCGCCCAGCAGCAGCCCCGUCUCCUCCCCUCGAGGAGGAGGAGGAGGAGGAAGAGCUGCCGCCCACCCCGGCGAAGGUGGCUCCGCGCCUUGGUCUCGGCAGGGGCGGGCUUGCUGGUCGUUCCUUGGCCAAGCCGGCUGCGCCCUCGCAGCCAGUCGCACCGCCAUCACCAACCCCAUAUUCCAACUUCUCGCACACUGACCGAGCCGAGCUCGAAGAACUCCGUUCGGCAAAUGAGCGUCUGCUGAAGCAGCUCGACGAUGCACGGCACGAUCGGUCCAAACUUCACUCUGAGAUCCAGGAACUUAAGAAUCAGAAUGCCGGUCUGAUUGAAGACCACACCAGGGACGUGCUCUCCAUCAAAGCUAAAGAAACGCAGUUAGUUAGGGCUCGCAGUGAUGCAGAAGCUGCAGAGCAGACAAAUGAGCGCCUCCAGCGCGAGCUCGACCGGCUCAAGCGUGCCUUGAGCAAAGCUGAGGCGUCUAGCGCCAGUGUUAGGUCGCCUAGUCCCAGCUCGCCUCUCCUCGGACACCGAACGAUGAGUCCGCACCAGCAGGAUAUUUAUCGUGACGGCGAUCACUACUCCGGUUCAAACUUCAACCGCCGGAGCUUUGCCAGCACACGAAGCGAGGAGAAAGAGAACGGCGACAACGUGCCAUACCCUCACACUAAGCUGUCUCCCGCGCUUAGGUACACGGGCAGUGCAGCUAGCGGGCGGGGAAGCCCCGCGCGUGGAUUCCGGUAUAUGGGAGACGAUACAGCAUCCGACAAUGCUGUCGGCGGCAUAGGGCAUAAUGCUCCCAGUGAUGGCGUAAGCAGUAGGGCUGACAGUCGAGCUGGGGCCAGGCAAGGCGACGCACCCCCGAGUGGAAUAUCGACUGGCAAUGGGGUGGAGAGCUGGAAGAGGGCCGCCGAAGUCACAAGCCAGUUGAAGGCUCGGAUCGAGAUGAUGAAGGCCAAACAAGGCAUGAGCCGGAACUAGCAGAGCCAAGCGUCGUGCCAAGCUUCGUCCUAGGACUCAGCUUACUCACAUAACCCAACACUUUCUGCACUUAUACACCUUCGCUUCGUUUAUAGGUUUUGAACAAUGGACUGGCGGAAGUAUCAGCUCGUUUAUUUGUAUGCAUUUACAAGGCGCCGGGACACGAACAUACCCCUCUCUUUUUCGU